AUCGCGUGAUCAAAUAUGUUCGCAGGAAUAAUCGCAGCUAUUGAAAUUGACAAUAUUUGACAAUAAUUGUCAUUUUGUCUAAUUGAAAUUUAUGAAAGAAAAUGUAUUGUCUCAUCAAAUACAUACACUACAAAGAUUUUCAAAGUAUUAUCAAUUUGAAGGGUACAGAAAAUUUGGAAAUUGACAACAAACAGCUUCUGGUAAAUCCUGAUUGUUUUAUUGGAAUAAUCCUUGAAUAUGUUUAUGAACAAAUUGGGGUGAUAGCCGAAGUGCGAGACAAUAUCGAUUUUGCAACCGACAAAGGAAAAUUAUUACAGGUCAACAAUUUUCCGUCAGAAACAAACGGUCAACAAAUAUUUAAUGACAAAAUGACAUACUAUCUUAUUAACUACCACAAUAAAGAAUUAUGUCCUGUGCUGAGUCCAACUUCAAAAGAAUUUGAAGAAUUCAUGUCCUACCAGGAGAGACGAUCUUCAGUGUUGAAG